CCCGCAAUGCCCGCAACUCCUUAAAUUUGACUGAAUUCAUAGAAUGGUUAUAUAAUUUCAGUUUUUUAAAGCAAAUUUGCUGGAUUUACUGCACAAAAUGUCUAUGCGAGCAACCACGGAUUAUAUUUCCUACAGUUAUGCUGCUGUUGUUGCAUUUGGUGGGGUGUUUGGCUACCUCAAAGCAGGUACAUUGUAUUUGUAUAACAGUACUGUAAACAGGGUACAAAGGGUCUUUUUUAUACCCUUUUACCACUCACGCACUCAGGGUACUAUGAUUAAGAAGUUAGGCAAUUCCACCUCUCUUCAUUUUAGAGGCAUUUUGUGCCGGUGUCUUAUGCGGUCACAAUGCCAAGUUAAAUGCCUGAGCUGUUGAAGGUUGUGGGUACGGUAUGCUGGUGACUGGUACAGCUAUUUUAAAAUUAAAAAGCUUCGGAUUGAUAGGGAUACAACUACCUGAAAAAAUACAGGGAGAACUUCAAUGUUUUGAGCACAUUAAGGCCCUUCGUCGGGAAGUUAGAGUGGGCUACUAAUUUCCCGAUGAAGCUGACCUUUGCUUUGACCUUUGUUCUUCACAGUUCUCAUAUUUUCUUCUCUAUCACACAGGUAGCGUAAUGUCCUUAGCAAUGGGUCUGUUAUUUGGUGGUUUUGCUGGCUAUGGUGCAAUGCAGACUUCGACAAAUCCAAGAAAUGUUAUGGUAUCCUUGGGUGAGUCAAUUUAAUGAACAUUCUAUUCUCCCCUACCAGGCCAGUAAGGCCACUGAGCUCUAUUUAUAACUGGAGUGAGAACUUGAGUCCAAAAAGUGAAGCGAAGAUGGCCGAAAUUGAAGAGCUAUAUAGCUAUUGGAUGUCAGUCCCAGUCAAUUUCUAUUGUUUUUUGUCUGUGCGGUUAACUCAAAGCUGGCAAGGAGUGUGCCGAAUUUGAUAUACCCGCCAACCAUAAUUUUAUAUAACCAUUAUGUGUUACUUUAAUUUGAACAGGCGCGGCAGGCAUUCUUGCAGUGGUUAUGGGGAUACGGUCAUUCAAGUCGGGCAGAUUUAAGUUGAUGCCAGCUGGUCUUGUAUUUAUACUCAGGUAAAGAUUAUGUAGCGAAAGCAAAUAUAAAACUUUGCAUUAAUAAUUUCUGAAUAAACUUGUUAUAUUUUUUAUCUUUCGUUUAGUUUACUGCAAGUUGGACGUCUCCUGUACAAGUAUAGAAGCUAAAUUUAACUCAACUUUCAUUUACUUUGUAAAAUGUAAAAUAGCAAAUAAAAAUAUGCAGAAAUAAAAAUACUCAAGAUCUCGUCUGAAGUAUUGAAUGUUCAUGAC